AUGACUGCUAUAGAUACAAUUCUCGCUGCCAAGUAUCCGGCUAAGGCCCAUGCUCGUCGUGUCGCGGAGUCUCUCAAGUCUCGGCAUGGCGGGGCCGGAAUCAUCUACCUUGAGGCUCAAAAAACUCGAUUGAUCGAGGAUAGCGAUGAGGAUAUGCCAUUUAGGCAGCGUCGUCCUUUCUUCUAUCUCACUGGAUGUCUUUUGCCCAAUGCCGCCGUGGUAUACGACGCCGUCAAAGAUGAAUUGACUCUCUUCAUUCCACCGAUCGACCCAGAGUCAGUCAUUUGGUCUGGUCUUCCUUUGUCUCCCGAAGAGGCCGUGAAGCUCUACGAUGUGGACCGCGUUCUGUUCACAACCGAUGUGAAUUCGACUUUGGCGUCGAUCGCCUCUAACCACAAUGGACAAACUGCUGCCUUUGCAAUGGCCGAACAGGUGUCAGAGGGCACCAGCUUCCAGGGCUUCGCUGAAACAAACAUUUCCAGCCUAAAGACUGCCAUCGAGGAUACGCGUGUCAUCAAGGAUGCGUACGAAAUUGCGCUUUUGCGAAAGGCAAACGAUAUCUCGACCAAGGCGCAUAUCGCUGCUAUUCAGGCCUCCAAAACCGCGACCAACGAGCGCGAGAUCGAGGCUGCCAUUAUCGGCACUUGCAUUGCCAAUGGAUGUCGCGAGCAAUCCUACCACCCCAUCGUUGCUGGAGGUGAAGGGGGUGCUACUCUUCACUAUGUUAGAAACGAUGUCGACUUGGUUGAUCCCGUCACCAAGCAGCGGAAGAAUAAUGUCCUCAUCGAUGCCGGCGGUGAAUACCAGACUUACUGUGCCGAUAUCACGCGUGUUAUUCCUCUAAACGGAAGAUUUGCCCCUGAGACCCGUCAGAUUUACGAAAUUGUCCUCCAGAUGCAGACAGAAUGUAUUGCCAUGCUCAAGGAAGGCGUUCGCUGGGACGACGUGCACGCCCUGGCACAUCGCAUUGCUAUCCGUGGCUUGUUGAAGCUGGGUAUUCUGCGCGGAUCCGAAGAGGAAUUGUUCGAGAAGCGUGUCAGUGUGGCCUUCUUCCCCCAUGGCCUCGGUCAUUACCUAGGAAUGGAUACCCAUGAUACGGGGGUAACCCCAAUUAUGAGGACGAAGAUACCAUGUUCCGCUACCUGCGUGUUCGCGCUAAUCUGCCUGCUGGCUCCGUGGUCACCGUUGAGCCUGAUCUAUUUCUGUCGCUUCAUCAUCGAUCCCGUCUUGAACGCCCCCGAAACCGGUAAGUACAUCGAUACCGAGGUCUUGGAGCGGUAUUGGAGUGUGGGAGGAGUGCGCAUCGAAGACAACAUCCACAUCACCAAAGAUGGUUCUGAGAAUCUGACCACAGCCCCGAAAGUCAUUGAGGAGGUGGAGAGCCUGGCCUUAUGA